AUGUCAGAACGUUUGGCGGGCACUUCGUUUUCGCUGUUGAAAUAUGACAAUCCCGUUCUGGUGCGUGAGCCGAGUGACGGCAACAAGAGAAGAGUAGACGAGUUGCCGCAAUUGCAACCAGCCUCCACUGGGCUAACCGGCGGGAAUACAAGUCGAUCCAUCAUAGCAACCACUCCCGGUCCUGUCCCAGAUCCGCCCUCUCCUCCUGGGGGAAACAAAAGUCGUGACGCAAUUCGACGUGAAGCCCAAGAUGCAAUCAACGCAAUUCUGCCUCCCAAGGAAUGGACCGAAGACGACCAGAUAUGGCGGCAGUUGGUCUCGUCUACGCCGGCGACGAGAUUGGACGUCCUCGCUUUGCAAGAGCAGUUGGAUUCCAGACUCAAGCAGAGACAAGCUCGAGAAAUUGGAAUCUGUCCAAUCAGGAGGGAGCUCUACUCGCAGUGCUUUGAUGAACUGAUCCGACAAGUGACCGUCAGCUGUUCCGAGAGAGGCUUCCUCUUGGCUCGAGUUCGCGACGAACUCAAUUUGACACUGCUUUCAUAUCAGACCCUGUACGAGAGCAGCUUGGCGUUCGGCGUACGGAAAGCUCUGCAAGCCGAGAUAGGACGGGGAGAAAUGGAGGACCAGAUUGAGCAGUUAAAGCACGUUGAGCAGAAUCUCGAAUGUCAAAAGACGGAGCUGAAGGUUGAGCUGGAACGGAAUGCAAAAAGAGCUCAAGAGGACAUGGAUUCUCUGAAAGAGCAGCACGCACAAGAGGUGGAAUCCUUACAGCAAUCCAACAAACAGCUCAAGGAACUUUUGGAGGGAGUAUUGACUGGCAAUAAAUAAAACGGGACCAUCUUUGUAAUAUUAAAACAUUUGAGUUUUUCUUUGUUAAAUACAC